GUGAGUUCAAGUUAUGAUUGUAAUACCUAAUUGUAGAUCAGCCCCAUUAUGUUAUGUUUAAAAGAUUAUUAAGAAGAUUAUUAUUUUGGGUGAUGCUAUAAAAAAUGUACCCCAGAAUAUUAUGUCAAAAAUAAAGAUAUGAACCACUUGCCUGUCUAUCCAUACAAAUGUGAAGAAAAAAGUUAGAAAAAAUUAAAUAAAAUCAAAAGGAUAAGAGAAUUUCAAGUAUGUCACAGUCCCUGGUGCAAUCACUUUCUCAUGCUAGAAGUUGGAGUGCAGGUUCAUUGUAUUCUAAAUGUAAUUCAAGAUCACAGUCUGUAUCUAGUCAGAAAACAAGCCAAUUACAUAGAGGUUCUGUAUCGGAUCUUUCAUCAAUUAGUUCAUUUAACACCUAUCGUCCAGAUUCAUCAGUGCACAUUGACCAAAUCAGAGAACAGUUGUGUCAUAUAGCAAAGACUAAAUACCAAGAAAUAAGACAGGGCUUUGGCAGUUAUGACAAAAAUGGUACUGGAAAAGUACAAAGAGAGCAAUUCAAGCAGGUGUUAAGGACAUUCUGUCUUCCCAUUACAAGUCAUCAAUUUGAAAAUUUAAUGACUCAGUUCAAGUGGAGACCUGAUGCAGAUGGUAGAUUAAACUACCAAGAUAUAUUGAAUGAUCUAACUGGAUUUAACCAUACUGAAGGAGAAAAGUAUGUUAUCAAAAGAAGCGUACCAACUAAUAUUCCUGUGGAUGAAUUAGAAUUUGGGUUGAAACAGAAGAUUUCAAGCAAUAUGAAAAAUAUUAUCAGGGGAAUAUGGCUUUAUGACUAUAAUAAAGAUGGAAAAAUUCAGAAGGAAGAAUUGAGAACAGUGCUGGAGAACUAUUGUUUUAAAAUGACUGAUGAACAAUUCAACAGAUUGUGGAACAGGUAUGAUCCUCAAAAAACAGGCUUGGUCUCUUACAAAGAUUUCUUAAUCAAUCUUGGAGUGAACAGUUCCCGAUACCAGCAGUUCAUGCCAAAAGACACUGUUAUCAGGGCUUUGAAUUGGAGCAGUUCCCUUGGAGAAAAUAAAACAGAUGUAGAAAGGAACAAGGAUAUUGAGGAGAAAUCAGCUAUUGAGGAAAACAAUCAUCCUUCAAUUCAAGACCUAAAAUUGGAGGAAAUAGAAAAAACUUUUAAAGAAAAGGUUUACAGUAACUCUGCUGCAAUACAACAAGCAUUUCAACUGAGAGAUCCUUCAAAUUCUGGUUACCUGAAAAUAGAGGAUUUUCAUGCUGUUCUAAACUAUUUUAUUAUGCCAAUGUCUUCAUCACUGUUUUUACAAUUGUUGGAAAGGCUAAAGGUACUUGAUAAAGUGUCAGGAUCAAAAAUAUCUUGGGUUAAUUUCUCAAAAACCUUUUGUCAGUCACAUUCUCCACAAAAAAGGAUUGACAACCAGUCAACUGAAAAUACAGUCAGGACAUUGGCUCAAAACCUGAAAAGGUGUGAAAUUGUUGAGAAGCUGAGACAAAAUAUUGUAAAUCCAAGUGUCAGGCUGAAAGCAGUGAUUACCCAACUGAAUCAGAAUGGUGACAGGCAAGUUACAAGGACUGAACUUCGUAGAGCAAUUGAAUGUGGAUGGUCUUUCCGACUAACAGAAGAAGAGUUUCAUGAAUUGAUGAUUCUUCUUGAUCCAGGACAUACUAACCUAAUUCCAUGUCAAAAUUUUCUCAAUAUUUUUGAAAAAAAUGGUAACUACAACAAACAGGGAAAAAACACUUCUAAAAUCCUCAGUGAGAAACAAUUUGAAGAGCAAAAGAAAUAUUUAGCACACAAGUAUCAAAACAUGAGCUCAAAAAAGUUGAAAUCCAAGCUUAAAAUUCAUUUAAACCAAAGUUUGGCAAACAUUGAAAAGGACACAGAAAAGUGGGUUAGAACAGUUAACCGAUUGGUACCAUAUAAAAGUGCAGUAGGGUCUUCCUUAACAUCUAAAGAAGUGGAAACAUACCUGAGAGAAGCUGUAUGCAGUCAACAUGAGGCUUUAUUAAAGGAUUUUGAAGACAUUGAUUACUGCAAAGCUGGAAUUGCUCACAAGGAUGAUGUCCGAUUGCUUUUGAAUAAAUAUGCCCUUCGUCUCACAGAAAAACAAUUUGAGCAGCUCUGGAAAACGCUACCAAAAAAUGAAUUUGAUAAUUUAAAGUAUGUGCAGUUUCUUGAUGAAUAUAAAACAAAAUCUGACAUUAAAAUUCCAACAGUUACUCCAUUAGAGCAUUCUGGUGUCAGCCAAGAUCCAGGGACAAAUUGCUCUGUAACCUCAAGAAUACUGUCUCCCUUUACUUCUCGAAGAAGUACAGCCACUCAACAGAGUAGUAAAGAAAAUUUGUCACAAGAAAAUAAACCAACAUCUUUAGCUCUGAAACAAAACAUUUUACCAUUUCGACCUCGUACAGCUUCUCCUAACAAUGAAAGACAACAUUUUGAACAUUUGAGUAUUGAAGGAAAUAAAGCACCUACAAGGCCUAGUUCUGCAGUUCCUUACAUAAAAAAAUCUCUCACCCCCCAAAAUUUAACACGGUCAGCUUCAGCAUCAAAUCUACAAUUUGGUCAUGCAAAAUUACAAAAGUCCAGAGGAUUUAUUGAGCAGAAAACUCAGCCCAAGCUACCAAGCCCUAUUCAUUUAGGGUGGACUGAGAGAAUAGGUAAUUAUGACUCACCAUCUAAAAAAGCAUUUGAUGCAGGUUACACUUCACCAUUAUCUGAUGCAUUUCGAGGAGACUCUCAAGUGCGACCUCCUUCUGGCUCACCUAAUAUCAAAGACACCAAUGCAAAAAGUCAUAGGACGCAACAAGUAAUAUCGAAUAUCAAAAACUCUGAAAAUGAAGCACUUUUAAACAAGUAUGUUGUAUUGAAAUGGAGAGAUAUUGCACGAAAAUGUGAACUGAUUGACAAGAAAAAGGAGGGGCUUGUGAAGAAUGUUGAUCUUAUAGGUAUUCUGCAGAAAGCUGGUAUACCUCUUAAUGACAAGGAUUUGAAUGAGUUACUUACCUCUAAGUUUGAAAUACAUAACAAAGAUGAAAUCAACUACUGGGAUUUUCUAAGGAAAUUUCUACUCUACUUUGGUAACAACCAAAGGUGUGGGUUUGCUGCUCGUCAAAAAUUACAGAAAACUAGGACAUCUGUGCAGUUUGGACGUGAAUCUCCACACCUCUAUAAAACAUUGCUUUCAAUGAGAGAGAAAGUCUUAGCUAACUGGAGAGUUUUGCGACACAGAUUUCGUAGUCAUGACCCUCAAAUAACAGGCCUUGUUGAUGCAUUUGAUUUUAGGCAGAUACUUCAGCAACAUGCAAUACACUUAAAUGAAGAAGAUAUCUUUCAGAUUCUCAAUUACUAUGAUCCUUCUCUUUCUGGUAAGAUAAGCUAUAAUGACUUCCUUCGUGUGUUUGUUAAGUCUUUAUAAUGUUAUUUUAAAAGUAUUUUUAUUAACAAAUGUUUAAC